AUAUAAAAAGACCUCUCGCACGACUAGAAUUCCUCUGAUCUGGACCUUGUGCAACCUCUUCCCAACAUGGAUUCCGCAUAUCAAGGACGCCUAGCGAUCAUAGCUGGCGGCAUCGGCGGACUCGGUUCAUCAGUCGCUCAUCGUCUCCAUGCGCGGGGGGCCGGCGUCGCCCUUCUGUACGCUCCAUUUGAACGAGACCGCGUGGUCGACACCUUGAACCGGGUAUUUGGUUCUGAGCACCCGGAAAGGGUGUGGACAUUUGAAUGCGACAUCACCUCAGAAGCCUCGGUCAAAGAGAUCUUAGGCAAGGACGGGAAACUCGCAGAUCCUUCGGCGUUCCAGCCUUUCCCGAGUAUACUGGUCAACGCGGCGGGCUAUGUCUCCGUCCAGCCCCUCGAGGAGACGUCGGCGGAGGAAGCGAUGAGCAACUUCCUACCGAACCUCUUGGGGCCGUUCAAUUGCAGCAAUGCUUUCUUCCACCUCUAUCAAUCCCGAGCCGCGCGAUUCGACGGAACUCCACCCGCCGGGCGCAUCGUCAGCAUCGCAUCACAAGCCGCGCAUGUCGCGCUCGAUGGGCACGGCGCCUACUGCGCCUCCAAGGCCGGAUUGCUGGGACUGACCCGCUGCAUGGCCUCUGAGUGGGGAUCCAAGGGCAUUACCGCCAACACGGUCUCGCCGACGGUGACGUGGACUCCGUUGGCUGCAAAGGCGUGGGCAGACGAAGACAAGAAGGCGAAGCACUUGGCUGAGAUCCCCACGGGCCGGUUCGCGGUCCCGGACGAGGUGGCCAGCGCGAUUGAGUACCUUUGUCGCGAUGAGAGUGGCAUGAUCAACGGGGCGGACGUCAGGAUUGAUGGGGGAUUUACGAUUCGAUGAUAGCCCUUAGGGGGGAGAUGAGCAGCCGAGUGCCAGCACCAGCGGCAUGGGACGGAAUAGAUAAUGUCAUGAAAAACAAAAGGUCGUGUGUCA